AGGCACGUCGCACAGCCCCACCGUAGAAAAACACACACACACACACACGACACAGAAUCAAGAAUAUGAUCACCAUGAUGUUUAAUAUUGCAAACACAUAAUUAAUUAAGUCAACAUAAUAUAUAUAAGACUAAAUGAGACAGUUCCACAUACAAGUCUGAGCAGAAACAGAAAUAGACGAGAGUUGCUUCUUACACGAGUUGAGGAAGAGAUGCCUGGUUUCUGCAUGAGUCGUGCUGCUACGCGCAUCCGUGCCCGUGUUCGGGUCCGUUCGCCCUCUCAGCAGUACAAGAAAACUGCAAGUUUCAUCAAAGCACAGGACAAGUCAGAUGGGGUCAGUGAGUUCAGCUUCAACAGCUGUCUGCCCGAAUCUGAAUCCGGGAACAGGGUGAUGAUCGUAGUUGACUCCGGCCCCGAAGCUAGGGUGGCGCUCGAGUGGGCACUGUCUCACACGGUCCAAAGCCACGACACGAUUGUUCUGUUGCACGUCGCCAGAAAGGAUGGGAAUACAAACGGGGAGAUUGAUCAAACUGCAUACGAUCUUCUGCACUCCAGCAAAAAUAUGUGUCAGCACAAAAGACCUGAGGUGCAUGUGGAGAUGGCAGUCCGAGAAGGGAAGGACAAGGGUGCUACCAUUCUUGAAGAAGCAAAACGAGUAAGGGUCUCGUUACUGGUUCUUGGACAACGAAAGCAAUCAUUUCUAAGGCGACUACAGAUGAUUUGGGCAAGCAAGAGGAACGGGAGCAGGUUCGUGGAUUAUUGCAUCCAGAAUGCCAAUUGUAUGACAAUCGCAGUUAGAAGGAAAAAUAGGAAAUAUGGAGGAUAUUUGAUCACUACCAAACGUCACAAGAACUUUUGGCUUCUGGCCUAGCCGAGUACCGCGGAAGCAAAGAGCUUUUAAUUCCAAAUGCAAUCAAUUGUAUAAAACAGAAAAACAACAUUUCAUUUCAUAGUGUACUGAAUUUUCUGUCACAAAAUUUCCAAAGAUGAACAAUUUGUAAUUAAAUAGGAUCACAUUAUCAUA